CGCUCGCGCCCUCGGCCGUUGCUCCGCCCCUGUCGCUCAUUGGCUGCGGGAGGUCCGAUCUGUGGCUCCUUCGUUCUGGACUUCCGUCAGUCCCGCUCUGCAGAGACUCUGGGUUCGGACCCGAGCUGUUCUGAUCCGGACCGGUCGGGUCUGCUGCGUCAUGCGGCUCCCGCUGCUGUGCGUUUGGACCGGAUGGAUGUUGAUGGUGUCCGGUGCCGCGCAGCAGCGCGCGCAGCGGGAGGAUGGAGGCGCGCCAGCCGCCUGGAGGAGGGACAACAGCCGCGGAGGAGGAGGUCCGGACGGAGGGAGCGGGAGAACCGCGGGGGGGUUCAGUUCUGCCAAAGCUGUGUUUGGAUACAGUCAGCGGGGCCUCUGCUGCCACAAUACGAGCAGUACACUGCCUCGCCUCUGUGGACCUCCAUACUGCGUCAGACGGACUCUGGGGCUAAAAACCAGGAAAUGCAUCAAAGCGCCGUGCCCCCCUCCCUGCAGGAACGGGGCGCCGUGCCCACAGCCCCACCCCUGCUGGUGCAGACGGGGCUUCCAUGGUAACCGCUGCCAGCUUCCCAUGGCUCCACCCUCCUCCUCAGAUGCCCCGCCUACACCUGCCGCGGUCAGACCCGAAGGUCCCGAGGUGAAGAGGCUUUCAGCACGAGCCCAUGGAGAAGAUCCUGGUUCUGGUCCAGUCAGGUCCAGAGCCCCCGCUGUGAGGAGAAGAGAGGAGCAGGCGCGAGUCAUCCAGAGGCUCGUGACUCCAGAGGAGACCCCGACCUCCUCGGGACGUCCGGGUUUGACCAGAGGAGGUUCUUCUUCUGAGGAGAGGAGAUCCAAACCCCAGCUGGAGCUGAAGAUGAGUCCAGAACCGAAGGGGGUCCAGGCUUCCCCCGCAGGGAGGAGGAGGUGGGAGGAGAAGAAGAGGAGAGGAGGGAAACAGAAGCCGAGUCUGAGGGAGGUCCAGUGGAUGCUGCUGAGGAGGACCUCCUCAGCAGGAGGAGCUGGAGGCGGCAUGGCCGCGCUGCUCAUGAAGCACAUCACCAAGGAGAAGAAGAAGCUUCGCCGUCUGACCUCCUCCAGCACGAAGACGCUCUCCCAGCGGGGGGAGGGGUCCAACAGCGCCCCCUCAGUUCUGUGUCCUCUGCUCUGCAAGAACGGGGGCGUCUGUGUGCAGCAGGAUCGCUGCCUCUGUCCCGCCAACUUCACCGGGAAGUUCUGCCACAUCCCCGUCACGCCGGAGGCUGUCUCCACGGCGACCGGGAGCUUCUCCAUCAACGAGAUCAUCAAGCCCGCCCUGCUGUCGGCCAAUCAGGAGCUGACCCACUCGGAGUUUCUGCUGCCGCUCGGACAGAACCAGGAGGCUCAGCGGCCCGCUGUCCCCGCCUCCUCCAUGGUGAAGGUCAGAGUGCAGCACCCCCCUGAGGCCAGCGUGAAGGUCCACCAGGUGGUGAAGGUGUCGGGAUCCGGUCCGGCUCAGAGAGCGCUCUCCUCCUUCUCCUCUGGAUCGGCGGGCGCCCCGGCCCCGUCUCCAGACCUGAGCGUGGCUCCACCCUCUCCAGGAAGCCGCGGGGUGCAGGCCCAGACGGUGAGGGGGGGCGGUACCUACACCCAGCACUCCGGCUUCAAGUACUGUUUCCGAGAGGUCAGAGACGGACAGUGCAGCUCCCCCCUCCCUGGCCUGAGGAGCCGGGACGUGUGCUGCUCGGGGAUGGGGAAGGCGUGGGGGCUGACGGACUGCGUCCUCUGUCCCCAGAACACAGGUCAGAGCAACAGCAGCUGUCCUGCAGGCUUUGAACGCGUCAACGGAACGCAGUGUGUCGAUGUGAAUGAGUGCCUGCAGCCGGGGCUGUGUGAGAACGGCAUCUGUGUGAACACCAGGGGGAGCUAUAGCUGUGUGUGUAGGGUGGGGUUCAUCCUGGACGCCACGCACGGAGUCUGCAUCUCCCACAGUGUGAUCUCAGAGGAGAAGGGUCAGUGCUUCCGGGUUCUGGAUCCGACCCGGAGACCGUCCUCCUGCUCCCUGCCGAUCGGCCGGAACAUCACCAAGCAGAUCUGCUGCUGCAGCCGGGUCGGCAAAGCCUGGGGCCCGGACUGCCAGAGGUGUCCUCAGUUCGGCUCAGUGUCGUUUAAGGAGAUCUGUCCGGCCGGUCCGGGGUACCACUACUCCGCCUCCACCCUUCAGGUCACCCAGAGAGUCUCUGAUCACUUGGACCUCACAGGAGCAGAAUCCGGGUCCAGCAGCAGCAGAACCUCCAUCUCCCAGCAGAAACAUUCUUCCUCUAGCUUUUCAUCCUCUGGCGGCAGACCCAGUUCUUCACCUUUAGAGCCCCGCCCACGGCCAGAGCCCCACCCAACCGCCAGUUCCCCAGAACAACCUGCCAGUGGUGGAACCGUAGUUCUGCAGGGGAAACCGUCCGUCCAGCAAACCCGGUAUGGUUCUGGUGUGUCACAGACGGCUCAGGCAAGACUUCCAUCUGCAGGAACUGAAGGCAGUCAGCCCUCCCUCAGGUCCCGGUCCGAUCAGCUCCCGUCUGCAGGAAAUCCUCUCCCUCCUGUGGUUCUGCCACGGAACCCUGCAGUCCCCACAGCCCGGCCCGCCAGAGUUCAGCCCCUCAAAGGUGUCUGUGAAACCAGACCAGGUGUGUGUGGGCGUGGCCGCUGUGUGGAUCUACCUGGAGGGAAACACUCCUGUGUGUGUGAGUCGGGGUACGAGCCGGGUCCACAGCGGACGACCUGUCAGGACGUGAACGAGUGUGCGCAGUCUGCAGGUGUGUGCGCCGGUGGACAGUGUGUGAACACACCUGGGAGCUUCAGGUGUGUGUGUCCGUCUGGAUACGCGGCGGACGGCCCUCAGAGCGGCUGCAGAGACGUGGACGAGUGUCUGCAGAAUCCCUGCAGCAACGGUCGCUGUGAAAACACGCUGGGCAGCUACAGGUGUGUGUGUCGCCAUGGUUACAGGCUCUCUGGGAACACCUGCACAGACGUGGACGAGUGCGUGGAUCCUCUGCGCUGUCCCGGGCAGGAGUGUGUCAACACGCCAGGCUCGUACCGCUGCACGCCUUGCCGGCCCGGCUACGGCCUGCUGAACGGAAUCUGCACAGACAUCGAUGAGUGCCGCCAGGCGCCGUGCUCCAACGCUCGCUGUGAAAACACUCCUGGCAGCUUCCGCUGCGUGUGUCGCCUCGGUUACCGGCUGCAGAACCACACCUGCACAGACGUGGACGAGUGCGCAGAGCCGUCCCGCUGUCCCGGGCAGAUGUGCGUCAACUCGGCGGGAUCCUACAGGUGUGUGUCGUGUCGCUCCGGGUACAAGCUGACCAACAGACAGUGCACAGACGUGGACGAGUGUGAGAGCGCUGCAGCGUGUGAGGCGGACCGGCGCUGCGUGAACACAGCCGGCUCCUUCAGGUGUGAUUGUCUGCCCGGAUACCGAGCCUCCGGCCUGGGGAGGCAGUGCACAGACAUCAACGAGUGCCUGGAGGGCGACUUGUGCUUCUCCGGGGGGGAGUGUCUGAACACCCCCGGCUCAUACGUGUGCAUGUGCUCUCAGGGGUUCACGCUGAGCAGCAACGGCACCGCCUGCAUGGAUGUGGAUGAGUGUGUGAAACCUGGAGUUUGUUCUGAUGGUCGCUGCGUCAACACGGACGGUUCCUUCGUCUGCCGCUGUGAGAACGGCUUCACCUCCAACCCCGAGCGGACGGCCUGCCUCGACGUAGACGAGUGCGUCUCCUCCCGCGGUUCCGUUUGCGGGUCACAGCGGUGUGAGAACACCAUCGGGUCGUACCGCUGCCUCACUUCCUGUGAGCCCGGCUACAGAGUUCUGGCUGACGGCAGCUGUGCAGACGAGGACGAGUGCGAGUCCCAGCCGGGCGUGUGCGGCGCGGCGCGCUGCGAGAACCUGAAGGGAAGCUUUGAGUGUAAAUGUGACGCCAGCGGACAGACGUUUGAGGCGGCGAGCCGGAGGUGUGUCAGCGCCGCACCACGCCAAACCGGACCGGGGAUCCAGAUCCUGUCCUCUUCUCCAUCCUCCUCCACCCCCUUCCAUGCCAGGAUGGUGGAGCUGGCUCCGCCUCCGCCUCCGGCUGCGGCGCCGGCCCCCCUCCCUGAGGCUCGACCCGGGGAGCUGAGGGAGUGUUACUACAACCUGGCCAACAGGGGGAGCUGCAGCCUGCUGGCCACCAACACCACCCAGCAGGAGUGCUGCUGCACGGCAGGGGAGGGCUGGGGGCUCGGCUGCCAGUAUUACACCUGCCCACCUGCAAACACAGCGGAGUUUCUGGCUCUGUGUCCCAGCGGGAGAGGAUACGUCACGGCAGGACCCGGAGUCUUCAGCUACAGAGAUGUGGACGAGUGCAAACGCUUCCAGCCUCAGGUGUGUAAGAACGGCGUGUGUGUCAACAACAUACCUGGAUACAGCUGCUACUGCUCCAGCGGAUACGUCUACAACAGCUCGCUGCUGGAGUGCGUCGAUCAUGACGAAUGUGAGGAGGAGACCUGUGUGGGCGGAGUCUGCGUCAACACGGUUGGUUCGUAUUACUGCAGCUGUCCACCCAACCUGGUUGUUGAUGACACGCAACGCAACUGUGUGAACUCCUCCCACGGCGCUAUGGAUGAGAACCUGUCGGUGUGCUGGCAGCACGUCAGCGCUGACCUGCUCUGCCAGAGUCCUCUGCUGGGCGCCCACGUCACCUUCAGCGACUGCUGCUGCAUUUACGGCGAGGGCUGGGGGAUGGGCUGCGCCCUCUGCCCCUCCUCCGACUCAGAGGAAUACGCCUCUCUCUGCAGCUCCUUUGCUCCGCUGUUCCCGGACAGUUUUGCGGAACCUCCUGGACCUGGACUGCUCCCUGAAGCGGGACGAGGAGCUGCUCCGUACGGUUCGGACCUGUACACCCGGACGCUGGUCCCCAGCAGAGACUUCAGCCGGCCGGACUAUGACGACUACUCACCAGCAGGGGGCGGCAGGUCGGGCUUCGGGGGGAGGACCCCCGGAACCGUCGGGCUGCCCGACGAUGGUUAUCGCCCGUCUGAUUACAGCGUUUACUUCUCUGAAGGAGACUACGGCCCCCCCGACAGCUCCGCCCCCCGCACCCCCUCGUUCCGACUCCCCCCAGACCCCCGAUCCGAGAUAGCAUUCGGGGCGCGCCCUUUUCCUCCAGCCCAGCCCGACGGACCUCCUCUGAGCCUGGCGCCGCUGCCUGGAUCUCCCUACGAGGAUCCGGAGGAGGACGAGAUGACCUGGAGGCGUGGCCCGCCGUUUCCUCCGUUCACCGACAGGAGCCGAGGAGGAGGAGGACCGAGGAGGCUGUACGAGAGACGUUACGAGUCGUACGCUGGACUGAGUGCAGCAGAGGAUUGUGGGAUACUUCACGGCUGUGAGAACGGCCGGUGCAUCCGUGUUGCUGAAGGCUACACCUGUGACUGUUACCAGGGUUACGAGCUGGACAUGACCUCCAUGACCUGCAUAGACAUCAACGAGUGUGAGGACGGCGUGGGCCUGGAGUUCCCGUGCGUGAACGCUCGCUGUGUCAACACCGAAGGCUCGUUCCGCUGCGUCUGCAGGAGAGGGUACGUCAUGUCCCGCCGCCGGAACCACUGCGUGGCUGCGUAGACUGGACCGAGGCCCACCAGACCGGCGCAUUUGACUGGAUGGACCGGGUCAAAGGCCAAAGCGUCUCGGACUGGUUUUGAUUGCACUAACCUGGACAAAGACACACUGAGUUUGUUAACCUCACCUGUCCUACAGUGAGUCCUAAACACAAACAACACAAACAAACACAAACAAACACACAACCUGAACAGGGAGUCGAACAAGCGGACACGACGUACGAUUGACUCGACUCUCCGGUUCAUCGAUGUUCCCAAUGAGAUCACUGGUGUCAAAAACUGCACUGAGAUUCUACAGAACCAGUAACGGGUUCAGAACCGUCACCAGAACCCCGGAGGGACAUCUCUUUGAACUUUGACACAUUCAACCUGAAAAACCAUCAGAGGUCGUUUUCAAUCAGCCUAAACUACAAGUGUCUGUUCGUGGAUCACCACGACCCGAUUCCAGAACCAAAGGUUCGGUAAAUGAAGGCCGGGUGUUGACUGAUGAUUAUCCUCAUCAAAGGUUUUGUUCAGGUGAGUCUAAAACACCUGAUAUCAUCUUGGACUGAGCUGCUCAGAAGAUUAACUCAUUAAGACACAACAACACACUUUGAGGAUAAAAAUGAGACCAAAAAAACGUGUUCAGUUCAGUAAAUUUGGAUGUUGCUGCUUUAGUUAAACUUAAAAUAACUGCUGACCAAAGCAAAGCUUUACUUUAUCUGUGAAAAACAAUUCUACUUUUAUUUAUACGCAUCAAAUAACCAAAUAAGUAUUUUUGCAAAAAGUCAGAAAGUUUUAGCAGCUUUUGUUUUGGGUGUUUUCAUGACAUCAAAUGUGUUUCAUAAGGAAAAGUCUACCAGCGUUCAAGAGGUUAGCAUUCGCUAGCAUUCGUUAUCAUACAUUAGCUGGUAGCUAAUUCAAACCAACAAUAAGGUAUUAUUGUUGGUUGUAAAAUAGAAAUACAGUUAUUCAGAUUCAAACUCAGAAUUCAUUGGUUUACAUUUUUGUGUUACGCCGUUUUAGGUUUUAAUUCACUUGCUAGCUUUAAGCUAGCAGGCUAACAGCUCCAGAUCAAACUCAGAAGAAACAAACAAACUUUCUGUCACUGUUCAAUACUUAUGGAAGCGUUUGUGAUUCAUAAUUUGAGAAAAGUCAAUACUGGAAAUGCUGUUUCGUUUUCAAACUGUGUCUUAAACAAAAUGAAAAAGUAAUUCUCCAAACUUUUUCAUUUUCUUCAUCAUCUCCGCUCCUUCUGUGACAUCAUUAAAAUGAUAGAGAAAAUUUCAUUUGAUGUUUCAUUUUUAAAAAGUUCUCUGGUAAAUUUGUACCAAAAUUCAAUUAGAAAUAUCGAAUUUGAAAAUGAAAAUGGAUUACAGAAAUUCUUUUUCAUUUUCACAUUUUCAAAAUAAAAAACCAUUUCCACUAUUGACUUUUAUUUUGAAUUAUGAGACACAAAUGCUUCCAUAAAUACUUUGUUCACUAUUAUAUACGAUGAUCAGCAUUUUUUAUUUUAGUGUCUAAAACUACAGUUUAAAAAUCCGGUGCUGGAAAUCUCCCAGAAGUCUCUUUGCUCACUUGAUAGACCACAAUGCACUGCGUUUGAACGAUUUUAAAUUGUUUUCAUUUUACAGAGAACAUUCAUAAUUGUGAAAAUGUUCCUUUUUUUAGGUUUUUAUUACAGUAAAAUUGACAUUUGAGCUGAUUAAAGAUGUUAAAAUAUAUUUUUAAACAGAACUGACGUUUCUGACGAAUCGAAGGCAAAAGGACGUUCAGGAUUUAACAAACAGCAGUUUGUACUCUAAAUGAGAGGAAGUUUAAAAGAUAAUCCAUUUUCUGAUAUAAUUCUGAAGUAAAAAGUUCCUGUUAAAGUUCUAAAUUAAAAAUAAAUCACACUAAAGGAAUUUUAUGCGUCACUAUGACUAAAUACAGUUUAACAUUAAUGCUAAAUCUUUGCUUUAACAGAUUUUUGUUGUUACAGAAAAUCAUCAGUUCUAGUGACCAUAAAGUUAGUUUGUGUUUUAACACGUCUUCUGUUUAAAGGCUGUAACUUUUAGAGAUGACGUCUAAAAACAGGUUUAUGUUUGUUUCUCAUGUUAAUCACAUAAAAAUGUUUGUUUUAAUCUCAAACACAAACUAAAAAUGUAAUGUGUUUUUUCUUUUUCUUCCUCUGGACAUACGUGUUCAUUCUUGUUUCAUUUCUGCUCGUUUCUAACCUCUAAUCUGAUUUCCAGCCGAACAAAGAACGUCUUUUGUUUUUAGUUUCUAGAUUUCUUCUUGUUGUCCUGAAACAUAAAAG